AUGCUAUGGUAUCUUCUGUAUCCUCUCCGAGGUACAACCUCGCCACCUCGUUUGUCCGCGAACCAUCCCGUCCGGAGAGCCUUUUAUCGCCAUGGAAAGACGACUGCUCAGCAUUGGCUGCUCACCAUGUUGGUCGCGGUCGCGAUAGCUAUGGCUUUCUCGUAUCCGUCAGUUGCAUUCCACGAAAAUGCCUCCACAGGACUAUCCGCGAUUGCCCAUCAAGUUUGGACGACCGCUAAGCCUCUCGAGGACGGCCAUUCCGCGGUCGAUGUCGAGAUGCGUCAAAUCUGGAUUCACGGCUCCUUCAUGAACGCGUUGGACAAGAGUGUUCUUAAGCAGGCGCUGAGGAUUCAGCAGAGCCUGGUCGGCGAUGAGCCUUCGAGCAGUAUUGCUGAUGCAAGUCAUGUCGAGGCGCGACCAGACGUCCUCGAUAGAGGAUAUCAUUCUCCGUUGAUGUACUGGAACGAUUCCGAGUCGAUCAUUGAUGCCGAUGCCAAUGUACUGAAGACGAUCAACGAGCAGAAAUAUGCAUUGACCUCGCUCGGUGUCUCCCUUCGUCCAGCUACUGUUCUCGCUGGGAAGAAGUUCGACAAGGAUGUGGUCAUCGCCGCCGAUGCGCUUGUCAUUACUCUCAUGAAUCACUUUGAAGACGACGCAGGCAAGGAAUGGCACGUCAAAUUGCAAAACUUGAAGCAAGCCGUCUGCCAGGACUGUCUUCUUUUCCCGGGCAACGGCCAGAUGGAGAAUGACAGAGUAUACGAGCUCAGUCUCAAGCCUCUAAGUCUGCGAGAACACUCCGCGCUCGCUCUGGCAUAUGGCUGCAUGGCACUCUACGUCCUGAUCAGCCUUCGCAGGAUGAGAGCGUUCCACAGCCGAUUCGGUCUGGUCGUCACGGCCAUCACACAAAUGACCUGCUCCAUUCUCGCCAGCUUUACGAUCUGUGGUAUUCUGAAGAUCAACUUGUCGACGAUCCCACACAACGCAUACCCAUUUGUCGUGCUGGUGUUCGGUGUGGAGAACAUGUUCCGACUGAUUAAUGCUGUCCUCGCUUAUCCACCUACCAUGGCGACCGAUAAUAGAGUGGCAAACGCUUUGGGGGACAUUGGACCGAUCUCCGUUGCUGCUGCGGUGCAAAACAUGAUCAUACUCUCGAUGUUGUCGACUGUGGUGACACCUGGAGUUGCUGCUUUCUGCGCCUUCGCAGCAAUCGCGACACUAUUCGAUGCCUUCUUCUUGCUCACAUUCUUCGUCGCCGUUCUAAAUGUAGACAUACACCGCCUCGAACUCCAGGAUGCGCUUGCUGCAAGGCACAAUCAAUCUCGGACUGGGCAUCGUCGACGACCAUCACCCUCGAAGAACACCUGGUUCGAUGCUUUGGUACACGGGAAGCUGCCUUUUAGCACCCGCAUGGCUGGCACAGUUGUCACCACAACAUUCAUCUUGUCACUGAAUUACCAUUUCUCGGAAUAUCACGACCACAGCACGAAUCUGCGUCAGCUUCUGGGACUUGAACGCGGGCAACCUCCAAUUUCUGCCGGCACGGACCCAUUUCCCGCUCCUCCUAUGAAUGCAACGUUGAGUCCUGGCGAGUGGAUGCGCAUGCAGGAGCUUGAGACAGCAAAAGAGGUCAUCAAGCUUGCGAAACCUGGCGCAAAUAGUCUGGUGGUCCGCGUCUUCGCACCGCUGAUCAUUGUCCUCGGCGGUUCCGACCGAUCGGGCGCAUCAGCCGCAGACGAAACACUGACAUAUGCUCUCCAGAGGUUUGCCAAGUAUCACCUCUACCCGGUCGCAGUCGCUGUUGUUUUCAUCGUCGCUUUCGUGUUCAUAUUGAUGAACUUCUUGCUAUACAAUCAAGCGGGAGACGAGGAUCAUGACAUUGCUUUGGAACAGAUGGAGGAUCAGUUGACCGUGCAGCAUGUCGCGCUCCCGCACAAGCUCGAUAUUGUGAAGUUGGUCAAGAGUCGUGGAGGACACUUCGUCAGCGUUGGCUUGGACCGCACGAUCGCCAUCUCCGUCAUGGACAAAACGCAGCAGACGCACCGAAUCAUCUCAGUUCCGUCAAAUGUGACUGGCAACAUCAUGUGGCCGGUCCGUCAUGUAACUAUCGACGACAAUGGCGAGUGGAUUGCC